CCAGAUUCGACACAACCGUCGCGAUGAGUGCACGAUAUCAUCCUCGCGCUCCAGGGCCCCACACCCGCGCACAUUUCGAAUAGCUUUACUACGAGACAAACGGACGAGAAAAUCUUCGCAAGUUAAAGAUAGACUUUAUUUCUGUAGCGAGGAAACGGUCCGCGUUAAUCAAUUAUGUGAAAUAUCGAAAUAUUGACAUUAAUCGAUGCGCUUUGUAAUUUUACCGGAUACGAAAGGACCAAUUGUAGCGCUUUAUAAACCGCACUUAUUGAAAGCUUAAAACACGCGGCAUUUUGACGAACAUCGGUGCGGAGAGAAGAAUGUGUACGCAACCAUCUUGUUGCAUUCUGAACCGCGAACUUUGAGGUGGUAACUUUCGCAAAAGUGUACGCGCAACAUUAAAAUGUGACUUUUUCUUGGUGAUGUGGUGCGGUGAUAUCGUCACGUUGCUACCAAUUUCUGAUCGCGUGACGACAUUGUUUCACAUUUAAGAUUAUAAUUAUCUCGAAGAACGCUUCCGUGACCUUGCAGAUUUCUUUUCUCGUCAAAUGAAUGUAAGUUUCCUGGUGAGUGCAUCCUCACAUACAUGGAGUUUCAGUUGGAUAGCGCAGAGUAUUGCCAGGCUCAACACAAAUAGAGAGACACGCCCCAUACUCCCUGACAAUUAUUAGAUAUUCUUAGAGCAAAGAGAAGAAAGAAGGGUAGAAACAUCUUGAGGAGGGUGGAAAAGAGUGGAUAUUAAAAGUAGAAGAAUUAAUUACGCACCGGGGAAGCCAGAAAAAAAAUCAUCGACUAGUCAUCACGCAAGACAUAGAAGAAUUUAAUAGAAAUUAUUAAUUUACAUUAGUAGAUGCAUCGUAGAUACUGAGCGCAACUGGAGUACCCAGUGCCAAAUAGGUAAUCUUCCGCGAAUUCUAGUUGAAAAGUCUCAAGAGUAGGAAGGAUCAAGCGCAUAUCAACACCGCCUAAUGUAACGUAGCCCUUACUCUUUCGGCGAAGUUCGCACCCCGACAACCCUUCCUAAGAUCUACAUGUAAACCCGUGGUUCUGUCCUCUGUAAAAAAAUAAGAUAUUCUAUUAGUUAAAUGAGAAACAACUUUAUAAGACUGACAUUUAAUGGGCUAAGUUGUCAAAUCCAGCCUUUGUCGCUUCGUAUAGUGUGGCACACGUAUGUGAGAGACUUUACAAGACAAGUUAUAUAAGAUCUUUUAAGAGAGUUAAAAACAAUAAAAGAAAGAAGAUAAUACAACCAUCUCUCCAUCUUAAGGAGGAAAUGAGCAACAUGAGGGUGAAGGAUAUCAGACCGGCGCCCGCCGAGAUUGAAUACAAAAAUAUGAAGUUCCUCAUUACUGAUCGGCCCAAUGAUCAAACCAUCCAUACCUUUAUUCAAGAACUGAAAAAGCAUAAUGUAAAGGAGGUGGUCAGAGUUUGCGAACCAACGUACAAAGUCGAGGAACUCAAAUCGGAAGGGAUCAAUGUGAUAGAUUUGGUAUUCGAUGACGGUACAUUUCCACCAAAUGAGGUAGUGGAUGAAUGGUUCGAACUGCUAAAAUACCGAUUCCGAGAGUCGCCUGACGCAUGUGUGGCGGUACAUUGCGUCGCAGGUCUCGGUAGAGCACCGGUUUUGGUUGCAAUAGCUCUCAUUGAACUCGGGCUCAAGUUUGAAGAUGCUGUUGCCCUUAUUAGAGAGAAAAGACGAGGCGCCAUAAACGCAAAGCAGUUGACUUUUCUUGAAAAGUAUCGUCCCAAGUCUCGAUUGAAGCUCAAGAAUGGACAAAAAAAUUCCUGUUGCAUCCAAUAGAUCAAAGAAUUUUUCAAGAAAAACAAAAACAAGAAAAGAUGGGAAGAAAAAAGUCACUAAUUCACAUACCGAUUGAUAUAAAUGUAUAGGCUUUUGCGCCUGAAGACAAGUGGCAUAUUGUAGCAAAUCUGUUCUGAAUGGCCUAUCAAUGGAAAUGCAAACGUGAUAAAUGUCAAUAAACUUUGAGGCACUUUUUUCGCACUAAUCUCUAAUUUUAAAUUCCUGAGGCAAGUAAUUAACAUGUGAAUAUAGCUUCAAAUUGUUGCUGGUUCCUUUUAUAAAAAUCGUAUACUUAUUUUUGAUACUUGAUCGAUAUUAAAUACAUAAUGGGGACAAAAAUUAA